CUUAAAUUGCAAUAUGGUCAUGUGGUUUACUGUGUGGUUUCCAUUUGUGUAGCAGCAAGUCUUUGGCGUGAAGUUCUCGACUCAAAACACGUUUUCAAUGAUGAUGCUAGUGACCAUUUGUUAUCAACUGAUAUUGAGUAACAUAGCACUCUACUCAGGAAUAAAUGGCCAGAGCCAACAUAUUAUUGAUACAAUUACACUUCCCUGGGACAUUAAUAGACAAGACAAAAAUAGACCUAAGUCUUUUGAUGAACCAACACCUGGCCAUAUUGGACGAAGAGACCAUGAUCUUUCAGGACAACCUACCAUGAAUCCUUUAGGAGAAACAAUAGAUAUUGUAGAUGAAUCAAUGGUGAAGCAAAUUCCUGAUAACAUGACUGAAAAGAACAUUAUUGACCUUCUGAACUCGCCUAAUAUAAACGAUCAUAAUACCCAACAACAGGGUAGUAAAAAGGCGUCAGGUGUGGCUAGGAUACCUAACAUACAACCGAUUGAUGACUUUUCUAAAGCAGCACAUAGUGCGGGGUUAAUAAACAACAAAUUACAAAAGAAUAAGUCAUUUGCAAGACAUAUUGCAAAUCGUCUAGCGAAUCAAACGAUUUCAAUAAAGCCGAAUGAAUCUAUAAUGAAAAGCGAAAUGAAAAUAAGCAAACUAGGUGCAAACAAACCAAUAGUUAUAGCAGCGUCUUUGAAUAAGAUAAAUGAUUCUGUUCUCCAAAAUAAAAACUCUGAGCAUGUAGUUUUAGCAACAGAUAAUAAAACUGUGAAUAAAUCUUUAAGUAAGAAAAGCUCAAUCAGUAAUAUCCAAAACCAAAUUAACGACAAUAGUGCUUCCCUCUUGAAGACUAAUUCUUCAAAUCUCUUCUCGAAACAUUCACAGCAAGGUUUACCGAUGCAAAUAUUAACGGUGGCAUCAGAAGUGUCUGGUGAUUUUCCUUUUAAGUAUAAUUUUUCCAACUCUCAUACAAACAGCCAUUCUUCUAACUAUAAUAUGUCUUGGGAUGCAGACGGCGUGGAAUUUCAUUCUUCUGAAAAAAGCCAUCAGCAAGUAAAACAUGAACGUCAUCGUACUGGAAAUACAGGAAAAGAUGUUCUCACGUUUUCUGAUAAGUCAGAGCAUUCUAAUGAUAAACAGAGGACGAAAAGUCUCCACCAAAACUCCAGUGCUAUCCGACUGUUAGCGAGGAACCGCUCUGUUCUGCUAAACACUAACCAACGUACUAGGCGCGUUUUGUCGAGCGAUGUGCAGUCAAUCAUUCGACAUAAUGAAACAGAUCAAACGAAUGAAGCUGAAAAAGUUAAAUUUGUUCAGAACGAAAGUAACAAGCCAACAAUUAGUCAUUCAAGAGAGUUAAAAACCUCACACAACACUGGAGUUACCGUUGAAAGGUCAAAACCAGUUCUGCAGACACAUCGAAGAGUUAAUGGGAGACUAAGUCGACAAAAAUUUGGCGAACUGAACUUGAGAGAGACAGAAGGACAAUUCACACCUUUAGUUACUAGUUUUCAGGUGGAGCGGCCUACUGGGAAAACAACAAACGUAAGACAAGCACAAAAUAUCGAAAGAAAUCAAGCCAGCAGGAUUAAUAAUUUUAAUACUGAGAUCAAAACUACAGGCGCACACAACAUUAAUCAGUGGAAAACAAAGUCACCAUUUUCCCUAGAUAUAUCCAAAACAGAUAAUUCUAUACUCGGACAUAAUGGUGUUGAUAACAUUCUCAAUGUCGACUGGAAAAGGACAUUUAAAGGCGAUACCCUUAGAGAUAAUAAUAAUCAACACAAAGUAAAUGAAAUAGGAUGGGAAAAACACGCAAGUCAACUUCGAAAGAUAAACACUAAUUUAGAUAACGAAAAGCCUCCAAAUUUCCAAAGUUCUUGGCAUAAUUCCUGGUGGACAACAUAGAAUUGAUAACUACUAUACAUUAUAAAUACUUCUCGUUGUAUAAGUAUCUUCGGCACACCUUGGUUAUGAAGCCUCACAGGCUGAUAAAAAAAAAA